UGCCGGCUGACCCGCUGGGACACGUUACCCUGAGCGGGAAGCGCGGGGCCGUCCUGGGCAACUCUGGUUGCAGACCCGCUUUUUUCUUCGUUGCCAGAGUUUUUCUCGCCUACGGAUAAUAGUGUUCUUGAAAAGACCUUACAAGAAAUGUAACACACCCUCCUCUGGGGACACGUUUCCCGAGAAAGUACUGCACUUCUUAAACCUUUUCGUGGCGGACCGGCCUUGGCCUGACGUUUGAAAUGGUGGAAAAUUUUCCAGACCCCGCAGCGGAGACAAUAGACUGCACUUGCCUGCAAGCACAAGGGCCAGAAGAGAAGCGAGCUAUAAAUGAACCUUCCAAGGUGAACAGAGGGAGAAUGUCUCUCCACGCCACCUUCUGCAUUCUCUGGCUUCCACUUUGUUAUGCUGCCUGGCUGCAAGGAGAAGGUCCUGCCGAUUUAUUUUGCAUAUUCCCAGCGAGGAAAGAGACAAUGCCAUCCGAGUAUGUUUUCAGAUUGAACUUGCCCAUUGGUUUUACUUGGAUUUCUACAUGCAGAACACACCAGGAUUACCUCAGUGUGGGAUAAGAGACUUUGCUAAAGCUGUCUUCAGUCAUUGUCCGUUUUUGCUGCCUCAAGGCGAAGAUGUGGAAAAAGUUUUGGAUGAAUGGAAGGAGUAUAAAAUGGGAGUACCAACAUAUGGUGCAAUUAUUCUUGAUGAGACACUUGAAAAUGUACUACUGGUUCAGGGAUACCUAGCAAAAUCGGGCUGGGGAUUUCCAAAAGGAAAAGUAAAUAAAGAAGAAGCUCCUCAUGAUUGUGCUGCUAGAGAGGUCUUUGAAGAAACUGGUUUUGAUAUCAAAGAUUAUAUUUGUAAGGAUGACUACAUUGAACUUCGAAUAAAUGACCAGCUUGCUCGUUUGUACAUCAUUCCAGGAAUUCCAAAAGACACAAAAUUUAACCCGAAAACCAGAAGAGAAAUUCGGAACAUUGAAUGGUUCUCCAUAGAAAAAUUGCCCUGUCAUAGAAAUGAUAUGACCCCAAAAUCCAAACUUGGUUUGGCUCCUAACAAAUUUUUUAUGGCUAUUCCCUUUAUCAGACCAUUAAGGGACUGGCUUUCUCGAAGAUUUGGAGAUUCCUCAGACAGUGACAAUGGCUUUUCCUCAACUAGUAGCACACCAGCUAAACCUACUGUGGAAAAAUUGAGUCGAACCAAAUUCCGCCACAGUCAGCAGUUAUUUCCUGAAGGUACCCCAGGUGACCAAUGGGUAAAGCACAGGCAGCCACUGCAGCAAAAGCCAUAUAAUAAUCAUUCUGAAAUGUCUGACCUUCUAAAAGCAAAGAAUCAAAGUAUGAGGGGAAAUGGCAGAAAACAGUAUCAAGAUUCACCUAAUCAAAAGAAAAGAACAAAUGGGGUCCACAGCCAGCCAGCUAAGCAACAGAAUUCCUUGAUGAAAUUUGAGAAAAGACUUCAUCCACGAAAACUUCAGGAUAAUUUUGAAACAGAUGCUGCAUAUGACUUACCUUGCUCUGGUGAAGACCAGUUGUUAGAACAUGCUGAGGGACAGACUGUGGCAUGUAAUGGACAUUGCAAGUUUCCCUUUUCAUCCAGAGCCUUUUUGAGUUUCAAGUUUGACCAUAAUGCUAUAAUGAAAAUCUUGGACCUUUGAUAGCAGCAGAUGUGCUGUGGAAGUUCCAAGAGCCAGAGACCUGUUGCAUUUGAGUGGGUGUCUCUCUGAGCCUUACCUUUCUCAGGUGUUUUAAAGAAAUGCAGGAAGGCAAUGAUGUUUCUGAGGAGAUGGUUCUCCGUGCAAGAGAGAGAAAAGAAAGAAGCAUGUAUUUGGACUGUAAAUGGCAGUUUUAUAAACUUUUAUACAGGUGUACCUUUCAGUGUUUGGGUAAUGAAUUUAAGUUACUUUUUAUGAGGGCAUUUUUUCCUAUGAUUGAGGGUUUUUCAUAUUUUGAUCAAGAAAAUAGUGUUUGAGUUAUCAUUAACUUCAUGGAAAUACUCUUAUCUACUCACUUUACUUUCUUUAUAUUGAAAUUUUAAAAGAAACAAGGUACAUAAUUUGUUAAACACAAGAGCUGAAAUACGGAAGUCAAGGUUGCAGUUCAUCUUUGGAUUCAUUUUGUGAAUUUCUUUACUUCUAACCACUUAGGUUCUUUAAUCCUCUGCUUGAAGUUUAGUUGAAAGGUUUUAUUUAGAGCCAGCAUCUCCUAUAGAAUAUUCAUGUUCAAAAUGAACUCUCUUAGUUCUUCAUUUAAGGACCCAGUUCUCAGCCUGGAGAGGGACUGGGUUGUUGGAUGGGGAGUUGCUGCUUUAAUUUUGCAUUGUGCUGCAUACAGUCAGUAAACUUGUGAGGCUGCUGGAGAGAGGGUAGCAGAGAGCAUGGAGGCUGGGACACAGCAGCUGCCUUGGUUAUGUCUUCGUCCUGCCGCCAACUCUUUAGUGUUGUACAGUUAUUUUGUUCUUGUGAAGAUAUAUUUUAUAUAACGGUUGUGUAAAUAAGUAUGGAAUACUGACAUUAUUAGGUUUUACAUUGCAUCUCAGUGUUGAUCUCUGGAAACAGAUGUUAUAUUUGGUUCCAAUUUGCAGUAGUAAGAGACUGACCUGUUUUUAUUAGCAUGCUGAAGCCCCUGGGUGAUGGAGUGAGAAUGGAAGGGGUGUGUAGUGUACCCAAGUGCAGAUAAAGCCUCUCUCUGGGGGAAGAUCAGAACAUGAAAUUAACGUACAUAACUCACUCCUAGGAAUGUAUUUUGUUUCUUCAGGAUUCUUACAUCCAAAUAAGGAUGGCAGUGCCCAUUUUAAGAAUUUCAGCUAUAAUUAAGGACAAUCACCAGGGCUUUAAGGGGGCUUUAGUGUUUGGGCUAUUUUUGACCUCAAUGAAGGUAAUUCUUUGUGGGGGUGGAGGGGUGGGAGCAUAUGCGUGCAUGUGCAUCUGUCAUGUGGGUUUUAAAAAUCGAUUUUACAUGUGGUAUCCACAAAAUAUAUCUCUGCUUGUAAAUUUUAUUGUAGAAAUCUUUAUUCUGUAUAGGUAGCCUAUUUAAUAGGGGUUCAUGUAACCAAUGGGACUUUCAAAAGAAAUGCUAUUGUAAGGCAUUUACUUGGCAUUACUUUGCUUUAGCUGUUAAAUGGCUUGAUUUUAAAGGAGAAAUUAUAUUUAUUAAUGAAAGUCACCCCCUUGGUGCUAAGCAGGAGAAUUCACAAUUGCAGCAUUGUGUUUAACAUAAGGUUAUUUACAAUCCUGCAUCUUUUAAUGUGACAAAUUUAUGAAUCCUUCUGUGACUUUUUAAAAAAUGUUUUAUGAUUGUGUUUGGAAGUUCUUACUCUUCUUUCCAGAAAUAAACUGCUUUGCUUGGGUCUCCUUGAGCCAUAUUUAUAGUUGGUCCCAGCAUUCCAGAUUUCUGUUCAGUUGUUAAGGGAGUGAAACUUCGUUUACCUGAUAGUUAAAUCAUUUUCACUCAUUUACUGUCAUCUGGAAACCAUUUAAUUUUUAGUGUUUUUUAUGUUUUUUUCUUUUUGAGCACUAUACCAUGGUCAGUCUGGUGCCUAGAUUUGGAUUUUUCAGCUCUCAAUACUAAAGCAAAAGAGAUUAGGUAUAGUUAUCAGAAGUGUGUCUAAUAGUGUUGAGCCUUUCAAGAACCAACAAAUUAUCUCUUUUCAAGUGAUGAUGUUUUAACCCUAGCUCAAUGUUACUGCUGUUGUGCUGCUUCACUCAUGCACUGUGGAACAAAAUAGGUAUUGUGGGGAUAGUGUUUUGAUAAUUUGAGGCUUUUAGCUAUCUUGAGUUUGAGAUAAAAAAUGUUAAAAGAUGUGAGUAAAGUUUGUUUGUGAUGUGACUAAACUGUGCAGAAAACGUGUAAGUUGGAUGUAUCUGCUUCAUGUACAUCUGCUAUACUUAUUCUCUCGAACCUGUGUACUCGUUUCUCAGUGUUCAGGUUUCCUUGAGAAAGGCCAUGGUUAGCACAGAACUGGGUUUCUCCUUUGAGAAAUGUUAGCAUGGUCUAAAGAAAUCAAGUUAUAAAGAAGUGUCUGAAUAUGCAAUAACAACUUCUGUGUGCUGCAUUUUUAGACAAGAGUGGUUUUCUUGGCUUCAUAUUAUGUUUAUGUCUUUGAAUCCACUUUUUAAAUGUUCUUAUGUUCCAACCUUAUAUGUUCCAAGGUUCAGUGCACUGUGAAUCUUUUAUUUUUAAAAUUUUGUAGGUGCUUUUAUACAUAACUGUAAUGAUUUAUAAGAUGUUAAAUGAAUUGUUUUUGUACUUAACCAUUGUAAUCCAAAAGAUAGGGGUAUGGUUUACACGUUUUUAUUAAGAAAUAGCAAGUUAAUGGUUUUAUGAUUUCAGAUAGUGAUACUCUUCUGAGACAUGAACAUUUAAAGAUGUCUGAGAACCUAAUAGAAUUCUUUUAUGAGUAUGAGUGAAAUUUGAUUGAAGAUGUUUGAGAAUUAAGUUGGAUUUUCAUGCUAAUAUAGAAGGCAAGUCUUUGAUGUCAAAGGAACUGUGUUCCCUGCUUGCUGUUUUGAGCUUUGGAGAUCCUUAUUUUUCUAUUAAAUGCCAGUUAGUACAGAUAAUGAAGAUAUGUAGCAAAAUUGGUUUUAUGCUAUGCUAUAAGAUUAGGUUGGUAGUUCUAGUAAUUUGUUUAGUAGUCCUCAUUUAUCUGCGGCUUUGCUUUCUGUGGUUUUAGUUACCUACAAGCAACUGCGGUCUGAAAAUUUUAAGUGGAAAAUUCCAGAAAUAAACAAUUCAUAAGUUUUAAA